CCACACAGGCGUGACCAAUCCCUUCGUGAAACUUCUUCUCGAAAUCCUGUUUGUUUGCGCUCGAAUUUCCUGAUUCGGAAUUCGUGUAAAUCUCUCUGCUCGGCACCGAGCGUCAUCAGCAGGAGCCAAACAAGGCUCUCUGAAAUGUAUAUGGUAUUCAAGCUCCUGAUCAUCGGCGGCGAGAUUGUAGACGAAGAAAGCGAGUGGGAGAAAGAGAGAUAAAUUUUUGGCUCUAGGUUUUCAGUAUAUAUUUCUGAGAGAUUCAAUUCAUACGUGGUGAGUAUAUUCAGGUUGAGGAGAUUGAGAUCGAGUAAUCUGAGAAAUGGCGGAGAAGAUGAUGAGGAAAGAGGCGGCGGCAGCAGCAGAAGCUCAGGCGGCAGCGAAGAUGAGCGAAGUGUUCGCGAGAUGCGAGUGCUGUGGAUUGACGGAGGAGUGCACGGAGGCGUACAUAGCCAAGGUUCGGGAAAGGAACCAGGGUAGGUGGAUCUGCGGGCUGUGCGCGGAGGCGGUGAAGGACGAGAUGCUGAGGUCGGAGAAGCGGAUUGGAAGGGAGGAAGCUCUGAAUCGCCACAUUACGUUCUGCAAGAAGUUCAGAGCUCUGAAGCCGCCGCCAAGCCCGACGGAUGAGCUGAUUUCGGCCGUGAAGCAGCUGCUGCUGCGGAGCUUGGAUUCGCCCCGAUCGAGCCCGCCAAGCCCGAUCAGGAAGGGAGGUUUGCUUCGAUCUCACAGCUGCUUUACCACCAUUGAUAGCAGUUGAAAUAAUUGAUUUCCCUCUGCGAAAAACAAAUUGUAAUUCACUGGAAAUCAUUGAAAUUAUUAGCAGCGGAAUAAAUAAACCUACAAAUUGUGGCAUAAAAAUUGAACCAUUUGUGUUAUCUGAUGCCUAUUGUCGUAUGAAGUUUGGUAGAGUAUUGCUAUAUUGAUUUCAUUCUUGGAUAUUGUCUUCAAUCUUGUUAGUAUGUAUGUAUGUAUUAUUGUCAAUUCAUGAAUUAUAUUGAUUAUUGUUACUGUUA